CACCUUCGACCACAACCACCAUCCCCCAUGCCCCCUCAGUCACACAAGCGCCGGCGUGGUCACCCUCGCAUUCACAAGCACAAGACGCGAGGUCCGAAUGAUCCGCCCUCGAGCGCGAGCUUGCAGCGACGGUGGGGAGAGGCGGCGCGCCGCGCGCAGGCUGCCGCAGAGGGGACGCUUUCCCCCGACGAGGCGCCAGUGAUGGUCUCCUCCAUCUAUAGCUUUAUGCCCGCGCAUCUCAACAUCCCCGCGGGUACACCGUACACGGGCAUGGGAUCGGCAGAGGCCCACCCGGGGACCUUCCACGGAAACCUAUUCUCGGAGGACGUUGUGAACCUCAUGCUCGAGCAGGACUACGGGAGCGUGGAGGCGGGUAUGGCGGCGAUGAAGCAAAUGUAUGCGAACGUGGAUUAUAUCGGGAACGAACCCCCUCCUGGCGAUACGACCGUCCAGCGCGUUGACAUACCCGGCAUCCCCUUCUACAUGCGCCUCUGGACCGGCAUGAUGGACAACUCGCGUACCGUCUGCUUCCACAUCAUGGACGCCGCUACCGACGCGCCCACCCGCAGGCCGCCGGAGCUCACCAUCUGGAUCGACGAGGCCGAAGAUGCGCACUGGCACUCGUCGGGUGAACGGUGCGAGAUGCAGCCGGUGGAGUACUAUAUGCUCGGUCCGGACGCAGAGGUCGAGGUGGAGAACUUCCAGGCGCACGAUGGGGACUUGAUCGAAUUCUUCGUCAGUGGGGAACUCGUGAAGACAGUGCGGCUGCCGUCGCGGGCGUAUACGGGCCCGUCACCGCCGGUCAUGGCGGGCUUGCCUACUCAACUGUCAGGUAACUCGUCAACGCCAGCGGCCACUACCGUCGAAGCCCGGGAAGCGCGUCCUCUGGAGGUGGUCUUCACCAAGGAAUGAGCUACAUAUAUUCAUCAUAUGCAUAUCACUCAGAUUGGACAAGCGUCAACUCACUCUAGCGCUGACUCGUCAAGUCUUGCCAGCGUGUUCUUCUUGCACCCUCCCUCUUCACGAGCUGCUUCUCCCCCCUUCUAACGAGGGGGAAAAUGCUUUCUAGGCAUUGUAUCAAGCGACUUGUACGCUCUGUAAUGGAUCCUGGACUUUGGAAGCCCGUCUGCUGUACUUCAAGUUACCGUUUGUUGUCUGUUUCCUCUUGUCCUGUACCGUCUGUCGUCGUUCAUCGCAUCCGCUUCUGUGGUCAACAAUAUAUCCCCAUCAUGUUGUUUGAAGGUCGA